UUGUAUUUUUAUUUAUCAAAUAAUGUAAACACGACAAUACAAGAAUAAUGCGUUAAAUGAUAAAUUAAAUCUGAAUAAUAAGCGAUCCUAUAAACUAGACAUCCACAGCUACCUACCUACCCAGACAAAUUGCUAGGUAACCGAAAUUGGAAUUGGCCAAGCUGAAUCAACGUACGCGGAUAGCGAGAGUGGCGUGCGUAUGUUUAGUUUACUAUCGAAGGGGGAAUUUGGGGAGAAAACGGGAGACCGUCCCCCACCCCCUGCCCCGGAGCGUGGUGUUCCCGUCGCGAUCGAACGGCAAGGAAACUGGGGGCGUAGUGAACAGUGAAGCUACCGCAUUCAAGGCGCGGUGUUGUCUCAGUAUAGAAAAUACAGUGAUGGAGUUAAAGGGCAAGGUUGCUUUGAUUACUGGCGCCGCUGCCGGCAUCGGUCUUGCGUACAGCGAGGAAUUGUUAAAACAAGGAGCGAAGGUUUCAUUAUGCGAUAUCGAUUCUGAAAUCGGGGAGCAAGUGUCAGAUGAACUUGGCGCCAAGUAUGGCAGGAAGAACGUGUUAUUCUGUCAAUGCGAUGUCACAGACUACCCGCAAUACGAAGAAGCGUUCGAAAUGACAAUGAAAGUAUUCAAUCGACUGGAUAUUGUGAUCAAUAACGCGGGCGUCAUGAAUGACAGAUUUUGGGAACUGGAAGUCGAUGUUAAUUUGAACGGAGUAAUUCGCGGCACCCUCCUCGCGUAUCGCUACAUGGGGAAGGACCGCGGUGGGCAGGGUGGCACCAUCGUCAACACAGCAUCCACUGCGUUUGCCAGGCCACAAGUCUCCACUCCAAUUUAUACCGCAACCAACUACGCUAUUGUCGGCCUCACCAGAGCUUACGGGGAUCAAUAUCAUGUCAAUUUGACGGGCGUACGGAGUAUGGUGAUCUGCCCUGGCUUAACAGACACUGGUCUCGUGAAAGAGAUACGCAAACAGCUUAUGUCAUCGGAGUAUGAGGCCGCAUGGCAAAGAGAUAACGCGAAUAGCAAGACCCAAAGCGCUGAACACGUCGGUCGAUCGCUGAUAGACAUUCUGGCGAAGGGGCAGAGCGGUUCCGUAUGGGUAGUGGAGAACGGGCAGCAGCCCAGGGAGUGGCGCGGUUAAGAUCUCGAUAUCAUUUAAAUCUUGCGAAUACUACGGACAAAGCUGAUUACACUACCACUGCAAGUAUCCAUUUGGGGCCAGUGCAGAUACGAGAGACUAUAUUGUCUAAAAUUAGUAAAUUAUUGUCUCUCAUGUAUGGUAGAACACUCUCUUAAGUGGACGUUACCAAUCUUAACCUGUGAGCACUGGGUCCAAUCAGAUAUCCUAUAUAUCUGAUUAGUGCUUACAACAAAAAAUAACAAAACUCUAUGCAGUGUAUUUAAUAGUCCACCUCCAAUAGCCUAUUAAAAUAAAUAGUGUAUUUAGCUAUGUUCUAAACGAUUUGCAGUACAAAGGCACUAAAUCUUGCAGUUGUAACAUGUUUGUCAUUCUUAAUAAACAAAGUGCCGAAUAUGC